AUGGAUGCUGAGCAAUUUCGUAGAGCUGGCUAUCAAGCCAUCGAUAGAAUAUGUGACUACCAUGGUUCCUUAAGGGAUAGGCCUGUGUCAUCCCAAGUUGAACCGGGGUAUCUCAGAAAAGCACUCCCAUCAUCCGCCCCAACUGAGGGCGAGGAUUUCCAGCUCAUCGCGGAUGACUAUCAAAAGUACAUCAUUCCUGGUUUGACACAUUGGCAGCACCCCUCGUUCUAUGCAUACUUCCCUACGUCAAGCACAUUCGAGGGUAUACUUGCAGAAUUAUACGCGUCUAGCACCUCUAACCCGGGAUUCAACUGGUCUGCUAGCCCCGCAUGCACAGAGCUUGAGGCUGUUGUCAUGGACUGGACCGCCCAGAUACUCGGGCUUGAUAAGUCGUUCUACAACAUCUCCGAAGUCGGCGGCGGCGUCAUUCAGACGUCAGCAUCUGACUCUGUGUUGGUCGCAACUGUCGCUGCUCGUUCACGAUAUAUUCGUGAGCACCCUCACGUGGCUAUGGAGAAACUCGUACUUUACACCACCACUCAAACGCACUCGCUAGGGAAGAAGGCUGGGCUUGUCCUAGGACUCAAUGUCCGCGCACUGGAAGUCACAGCAGAGGAUGACUUUGCAUUGCGUGGAAAGACGCUUGGAGUGGCAUUGCAGGAGGACGUGGACGCCGGGCUCCACCCUUUCAUCCUGAUUGGUACGGUAGGGACGACAUCAUCCGGUGCUGUCGAUCGGCUUGACGAGAUUGCUGAUGUUGCGAAAAAUUACCCUUUCCUUUGGCUGCAUGUCGAUGCCGCUUGGGCAGGCGUCGCAUUCGUGUGUCCUGAAUAUCGCGAGGCAUACCAACUUCCUGCAAUCAAUAAAUUCGUAGACUCUUUUUGCACCAAUUUCCACAAGUGGGGUCUAAUCCAUUUUGAUGGCUCCUGUUUGUGGGUGCGGCACCGAACAGAUUUGACCGAUGCGCUGGACGUCACACCUGAGUUUUUGCGGUCGAAGCAUGGGGACGCUGGCACCGCUAUCGACUACCGCAACUGGCAUCUGGGCCUUGGCAGACGGUUCCGCUCGCUCAAAUUUUGGUUUGCUCUUCGUGCGCGGGGGGUGAAGGGGUUCCAAAAGUAUAUCACUGACUGCAUCAAGCUGAACACCGAGUUCGCACAGCACAUAUACGAAUCUGACUUAUUCUCCAUCGUCACAAAGCCGUCCCUUGCCAUGACAGUCUUUAGGCUUACGCCCAAGUCCCUUCCUCAGCUAGGGACUCCCGAGCUCAACGUUUUGAACCGCGCUUUUUAUGCUCGCCUUGCGGCACGAAGUGAUAUUGCGAUCACCCAGACGGACCUGAAUGGGGUGUUCUGUGUGCGGAUGGUGAUUGGCGCUGAGAAGACUGUAGAAAGGGAUGUUGAUGAGGCGUUGGCGUUGAUGAGGGAUGAGGCGAUGAUUUUGGGAUUCAAUUCCACACCGCAGAUCAUUCACAACCGCUUCUUUCCUCUCAAUCACUAUUACAAGAUGCCUGCUGCAGGACGUAAGACGGCACCUGUUGACUGCCCCGUUUGCUAUAAGGUCAUAAGCCGUAAGGCAGAUCUUCCCAGACACAUGCGGACGCACGAUGAACACAAGGAAGCUCUUAUGCACGCAUGCCCAUUCCAAAACUGCGAUUACAAGACCCUCCAAAAGUCCAACGUGCAAACGCAUAUCAGGACCCACACCCGUGAAACCUCGACGUGCCCUCACCCUGGGUGCCCAUUUGCCACUACCGAUCCAGGCAGCUUGACGCGUCACCGCAAGCAACUACACAACUACAAGCCCAAAGCGCGUCGUAACCACGGUGGAAAAGCUGCUCGACGGUCCGUUGCCGCACCUUACCCCUCUGCUCAAUUUGUAAUGCCAGAGGUAGAGAUUCCUACAUCCCUGAAUCUCAAUGACCCGACAUUUCCCGAGAUCGCAGGCCUCAUUCCUUGCGAUGCGCUCUCACCCGCUUCGUCCAGCGACUCCGGUAUUCCCCAAUCCUCGGGCGAGUUCAUUGAACUCACCUGGGAGCGACUCUUCCCCGAUCACUCUGCUGAGAGCUCUGCCUCCGUUUAUGAUCAGCCCGCUCAGUUCCCCGUUCCCACCAACAACUACUUCCAGCCCCCGCCUGUCCCUGCCGAUCUCUCCACUCUCCACAUGCCACAGUUCGACCCUGCGCUGUUUUCCGAUGUCAAAUAUCAGCAGCCUGUUCCUGAUGUCAACUUCCAGUCCCAGCCCGUCUUCGAUGCGGACUUUCAGUACCAACCCGUCUCCGGAAACGAUCAGAAUACCUCCCUACCAGCCGAACUGGACGAGUUUUUGCUGAAAUAUGGCUCGGGAUUCUUUGAAGGCCGCUGUGAGUACCAGGACAAUACAACGUAUUCGACAGCCCAGCCCUCGUUCACAAACGAACACAACGUCUAAUGAAUUCUGCACUAUUAUCUUUCAUCUCUUUGUCAUAUUGCCUGUACAUUAUCAUCAUCAUUGGCAUCACCAUUGCAAUCUCAUUUGGAACUCGGCAUUAUCAUUAUUGUUCAUUUAUAUCACACCACUUGCAUCUUCUAUACAUAUCUUCAUCCGCAUUUUUAGAAUCGCGACCUUUAAUUUGUAAAUUACAUUAUGUGUCUUAGUACAUGAAUCUCAUGACUAUGGAUCCAUCACCUCGUUCCCCAGCAGCUUUCUU